CUUCUGCUUCUGCUAGAAGUUUUGGUCUUGUACUGGUAUUCUAUUUUCUUUAGCUCAAAUAGUUACUUUAGAAGAUAACCCAGAAAAUACUGUUAGACACAGAGAGAGAGAGAGAGAUGAGUAAAGGAAGCAAGCACAUUGACACGGCAAGCACUCGGGUCGAAUCAUCCUAUUCUAUUCUCCCGACUCCUCCUCCUACGUCAUCUAAUCUCAAUAUUCCCGUUUCAGCCACACACAGAAAUGAAGACUUCGGAGCAACUGGGUUUUUUUCUCCCCAAAUUUUCGGGCAUGUCCCAUCCGUAUCUGAAGUCGAAUUUGCAAUUUCUGUGCUGAGAAAUUUUAUACAAGCUGUAUCUUCACACGGGCCAGGGUCAAAUUGGCUUGUUCAGAUGUUGGAUGGUCCUACCUCAAGAUUCUUGAUGUCCGCUGGACUUAGAAAACUCUACGAUGCUUUCCAAUUGCUGGAAAUGGAUCCUUCUGUUAAGAGAUUGGUGAUUGCACUAGCAACUGAUAAAGCCUUGUGGAAUGCUAUUAUGAAGAAUGAGUUAGUACAGAAUCUUAGAGAGUCUCUAUACUCAGCUCAAAGUGGAAGCCGACUUAGGACAAUUGAAGAGCCGGAACUGGUUGCAACCAUUUUGCAGUGGAUAUGGGAAAUGUCAAAGGCAAAGGUUGUGGAACUCAUUGACAAGUUCCAAGCUCUCGUGAAUGAGAUGUUUCAACGUAGAGAGAAUGAGAAAGGAAACACUGUACUAAGGAAUGAUGACCAAGUGGAAGACAAAGUUAGAUCUUCUUUGCUUCUCACCAUCAUUAUCCUUUUGAUCGUGGUGAUUGCCCGAGCUAAUGGGGUUUGAUUAUCAGAUAACCGAGCGAAACAUGUCAAGUACCUCUAUUUUUUUUUUCUUUGUGUGGUUUGAUCAUACUCAAUAUAUUGUUGUAUGAAUCUACAUCUUGAAUUGUUGGUAGUUCAGUGAUAUGUAAUUAAUCAUAUGAACUAUGUAGCUUGUUGUUGCUUUAUUUUCUGAUUAUUGUGGCCAAACUGAAAAGAUAAAUCUUGCUAUUAAUGACCAAAAAGAAUCAGGUUCUUAACU